AUGAUGACCUUUCCGAGCGCGGCGUUACUAGCGCGGCCAGCUGACGCGGCGUUGCCGCUCCGCCGCUACUACGAAAGUACCUAUGGUCUUAUCGCCCGUAACGUCAUGGACAUAGAGUCCGCGAGUAGUUUGAGCGGCCGCCACCUGUGCCCGUGGGAGAGAUGGAGCGGUGACAAAGUGGCCUACAUGCCGGUGGCGCUGGGCUCGCUCGGCGGCGAGGGCGAGUACCGCGAGUACGGCCACCAUCUCUCGCCGCACCAUCCCCCGCACAACCCCCACCACCCCCCGCACCUGCAGUACCAUGAGUACGCGCCGCCGCCGCCGCCGCCGCUCUACCACCCCGUGCCGGAUCCGUACUUCAGAAGGCACGCGCCGUACUUCGGCCAGCCAGACUACAGAGUUUACGAACUCAACAAACGGUUACAGCAGAGGACAGAGGACUCAGAUAACCUAUGGUGGGACGCGUUCGCGACAGAGUUCUUCGAGGACGACGCGACGCUAACCCUAACAUUUUGUCUAGAAGACGGACCCAAAAGAUACUCGAUAGGGAGGACCCUGAUACCACGGUACUUCCGCAGCAUAUACGAGGGCGGCGUGUCGGAGCUGUACUACACGAUGCGCCAGCCCAAGGAGUCCUUCCACAACACGAGCAUCACGCUCGACUGCGACCACUGCACGAUGGUCACGCACCACGGCAAGCCCAUGUUCACCAAGGUGUGCACCGAGGGCAGGCUGAUCCUGGAGUUCACGUUCGACGACCUGAUGCGCAUCAAGUCGUGGCACAUGGCGGUGAGGGCGCACCGCGAGCUGAUACCGCGGCAGGCGGUGCACCCGCCCGACCACGCCGCGCUCGACCAGCUCGCGAAGAACAUCACGCGCCAGGGCAUCACCAACUCCACGCUCAACUACCUCAGGUUGUGCGUGAUCCUGGAGCCGAUGCAGGAGCUGAUGUCGCGGCACAAGGCGUACGCGCUCUCGCCCCGCGACUGCCUCAAGACCACGCUCUUCCAGAAGUGGCAGCGGAUGGUAGCGCCACCAGAAUCACAGCGGCCGGCGAGCAAGAGACGCAAACGCAAGGGCAGCGCGGGCGCCAACGCGGCGCCGCCCGCCCCCACCAAGAAGCGCUCGCCGGGACCCAACUUCAGCCUCGCCUCGCAGGACGUGAUGGUGGUCGGCGAGCCGUCGCUGAUGGGCGGCGAGUUCGGAGACGAGGACGAGCGGCUGAUCACGCGGCUGGAGAACACGCAGUACGAGGGCGACGUGGAGUGGAGCGCCCCGCCCGCCUCGCCCGCCAAGACCCCCCCCGCGGCGCAC